CCGUCUGUGGCUGCGCAAGGGCAUUUCGGUCUCGGGUCGUUCCAUCAUCGCCAUCGCAUCUUUCCCGUGUCUGUUGAAUCAGCAAAAUAAAAUCAAACAAUACGAAUCAGCUACAAUAAACCAAAUUUAAAAAACAGAAUAGAAAGACUGAUUUAAAAGCCCUCUUGGCAUAAAAGCAAAGAAUACGCCUGUGACAAAAAAUAAUCGCAUGCUCCUCCACAUUUCGCCGAAGGAGAAAAUUAGCAAGACAACAAAUACCUACCUAUAAAUCCACACCCUGUUUCAAUUAACCUUGAAAAGGAUUUUGAAUAAAGUGAAAACGCGCCAUUUCUAUUAACUCGGAUAGUCUAGUUCACACAAAGUUGCCUUAAACACAUUUUCAAUUUCCGUCUGAAUAAGAAACAAAAUAUUAAAAAAAAAACAACAAUCGUGUUAACAAAAUUCAAAUUCACAAUUGUACCUGCUUUCUACUCCUCUCGGUUUCAAUCAUAUUUCCGAAAAAGAAAACGAAAUCAGCAACUGAAUUACUGACACCGAUUUGGCACUUGUCAGUAGUGGUGUGUUUAACUUGUUUAUUUCCAGUAUACAGAUGUAUUUCAUUGCAAAAUAAUGUGUAGUGAUAAUUUGCAUUCGUAGAUACACACAUACAAGUAUUUACAUACACAUACGUACAUAGCCAUUUAUUCAUUAAGUGUAUGAACUUACAUUUGUUGUAGUUAUUUUUGUAAUUUUUACGAUCAAGGAAUCGAAGUGCAAGAAAUUGACACAAAUGCACAUCCUACACCGUAGCAAUGACCACCAGUUCGAGGAUCAAAAAUUUAUGAUGGAACGUUUGACUAGUCAUGGCAGUCUGGGACUGUCCAGCAAUAGUCCUGCGUAUACAACUCACACUGGAAGCCAUGCCAGCAGAGGGGGUCCAACAACUGGUCACGGAGGUCAUAGUGGAACACACAGCUCAGCUGCAACAAUGCACCAUCAGUCCCUGCAAUCUGACUUUCAACCACCAUAUUUUCCACCUCCAUUCCACCACUCCACACAAAGUCCUCCACAGCAACAGAUACCUGCAUACUUACAGAACCAUGGUGCUCUAGAGUAUCUUGGAACGGACCCCUACGGUCAACCAUUACCAACUUUGCAUCACACGCCCCUGCAUCAUUACAAUCAGUUGGCUGGACUCAGAUCAACUCAGGACCAGCUUGGUAUACAUAGAUCUCACAGAGAGGCUGAACUUCAAGGACAUGUGACACAAUUGUCACAUGGAUUUCCAUAUUCUGAUCGUCGAAGCGACUAUGGUAGUGCGAUAUCCACAGGUGCAACACACGGAGGACGCCUAGCACAUGAUCAUGAUCCGCUAGCUUUACAUCAGGCUCUCCAAAACGCUGUAGAUGACGGCCAGACAGCAGGUAUCGACGACAAUGUAGCCUUUAUGUCGGAUUUACCUCUAAUAAAGAGCAUGAAAAGUGGGAAGGAUGUAGGAAACAUUAGCUCAGGUUCUCCCAGUGAGGUAUUCUGCGCUGUUCCUGGCCGCUUGAGUCUAUUGUCCAGCACCUCGAAAUACAAGGUUACCAUCGCCGAAGUGCAACGACGGUUGUCUCCCCCCGAAUGCCUAAAUGCAUCCCUGCUGGGCGGUGUUUUGAGGAGGGCUAAAAGCAAAAAUGGCGGCAGACUGCUAAGAGAGAAGCUUGAAAAAAUUGGCUUAAACUUACCCGCCGGAAGACGUAAAGCGGCAAACGUCACCUUAUUAACUUCGCUAGUCGAGGGAGAAGCAGCUCAUUUAGCAAAGGAUUUUCACUUUGUAUGCGAAACGGAGUUUCCCGCCAGACAGUUGGCUGAGUACAUUGUAAGACAUAACACGGAGCCUCAAGAAUCAUAUAGGAGGAAAGAACUUUUGCUACACUCGCAACAGAUAACGAAGGAACUAAUGCAAGUCCUCAGUCAAGAUCGCACUACUCAGUAUGGCACGAGAUCGCAGCACUUAUUGGAACCAUCUAUGCAGCGCCAUCUUACACAUUUCUCUCUGAUAACACAUGGCUUUGGUUCGCCCGCAAUUAUGGCUGUGUUGCAUGCCUUCCAGACAUUUCUCAAUGAGUCCCUUAAUUAUCUGGAGAAACUGUAUCCGUCGAAUGGUGGCGGCAUGGUGUCAUCAUCUUUGGACAAAAGCAAAAUGGAUAGCGACAAGAAAUGAUAAAGAAAUGCCAACAUACACCAUAUCUAACGUUUCAAACGUUUGUCCCUUCUGUCCUGUACAAGUGCGCUGAAGUCGCACCGUCGCAAAUAAAUUCAUUGUACUUUUAUUUCUUAAUUAUUCCGUAGGCCUAACGUACAUGCGUACAUACAUAUCUAUGUACAUAUACAUGCAUAUGUAAUAAUAAGUGUAAGCUUUUUAAUUGCUAAUCAAUAAGAAAUUUGUAUGUUCAAUAUGUCCAUGUAAAAUAAUAGUUUAAUUUGAGAACAAACAAACGCAUUUCAGUAGUACAAUAAGUAGUGAAUAAAAACCUUGAAUAUUACACCUUCAUACACAACUACAAAAACAUCGUUCACAACUACAAAUACAUUACAGACACAUACACAGAAACCCUGCCAACUUACAUGUAAAGAUUCCGAUCUCGAAAGUAUCCGGAUUUACAAGCCAACAAUAUGAAAGGAGAAUACCGCUGUGCCAUCGACGCGAAUGCGAUUAUGGCGAAUGAUAUCCGCAGUAAACAAACACAAUAACAAACGACAUACAUCACACGAACACAGCUUAAAUUUAGUAAACAUAAAAAUUUAUAAAGAUAAAAGUAUAGUAAUAUUAGUUG